GACCAAUCACAUCACAUUACUUCAUUUCAAAAACGUUGGCGGCCAUUAUAGUUCGGAAGAAUAGUAUUGUUUUUUUCCACGCUGUGCAAUAUAUACCAAGUUUCUUCGCUAUAAUGCAGAAUAAGGAAAAUUACGAGCCCAGUAGUCUCCGAAAACAGUUUGCAACCCCGAGUACGAUGGCAGGACCACAGCGCGUUCUGGUGAAGCCACGGGUAGAAACAAUAAAAAAUGCAGUCACAGGUCCUGGAAGAGAAUGUGUUGGCUCAUCCUCCAGUUCUCCACCUAAGAAAAUUUCUAUUGAUGACUUUGACAUUGGUCGACCCCUUGGAAAGGGCAAGUUUGGCAAUGUGUACCUUGCACGGGUGAAGAAGCUCCAGGCCAUUGUGGCACUGAAGGUGCUAUUCAAGUCUCAAAUGGAGAAGGAGGGGGUGGAGCAUCAACUCAGGAGGGAGAUUGAGAUUCAAGCCCAUCUCAAGCACCCCAACAUUCUGCGCUUCUACAAUUAUUUCCACGACCGCAAGAGGGUGUUCUUAGUGCUGGAGUAUGCCCCCCGCGGUGAGAUGUACAAAGAACUACAGAAAUAUGGACAAUUUGAUGAUCAGCGCACUGCAACGUACAUGGAAGAGAUAUCUGAUGCUCUAAUGUAUUGCCAUGAGAAGAAAGUGAUUCAUCGUGACAUCAAACCUGAAAAUCUACUUCUUGGCUACCGUGGAGAGCUGAAAAUUGCUGAUUUUGGAUGGUCUGUCCACGCUCCCUCUCUAAGACGUCGUACGAUGUGUGGAACGCUGGACUACCUUCCCCCAGAGAUGAUCGAGGGGCACACCCACAGUGAGAAGGUGGACUUAUGGUGUAUUGGAGUCCUGUGCUAUGAAUGCCUUGUAGGCAACCCUCCUUUUGAAACAGCCAGUCACACGGAAACAUACAAAAGGAUUAUGAAGGUGGAUUUAAAAUUCCCCAAAGUGGUAUCUGAAGGUGCACAAGACCUGAUCUCCAAGCUGCUUCACCACAACCCCAACGAUCGUCUCUCUCUUCAGAAAGUUAUUGACCACCCGUGGGUGCGCACCAAUUCCCACAGACUCCUUCCUCCUACCUGCCCUACACAGAAAUCCUGAGCCCACCUGGCAAGCUUUCUUGUCAGACUCUGGGAGGUGUUUUAAUCUGUCCUCCACAUAAAACUGGACCAGCAUGAUUUAAUAUCACAGGUUAUAGCUUCAAACUGCCAUUAUUCUGUCACAUUAUAUGAUCGUAUACAUUAGAUAGUGUCAGUUUUUUUUGGACGCGUAUAUAUUAAGAUACAGAUAAGCAGGAAAUGAAAUGUGAGGAUUUCCUCAUAUUCUUCACAUUAAAGGUCACUUUGGCUUGAGCACAGUGACUAUCCAAAAAUUCUGAUUAUUUUUCUCAUUAGAUGAAUUGGUCCAGUUCUUUUAUGCAUGUUUAUUUUUCUUUGUACAGUAUGAUGUCUUCAUAUAUAUUUCUCUAGAGAUAUUUUUGUUUUUAUUUCUUUAAUUAAACUUUAUAAGAUGUUUCUGUUUGCAAUGGUGUACACACCAAAGCCCUGCUGUUAGACUGCCUACAAUAAGUAUAUUCUGCAGUUGUUAAAGAUGAUGUGCUUGCUGCUUGGGUUGGAAAUAAUUUUCGGGAUCUCUCCAGCUAUACGUUAAAUAUGUAAUAAAAAUGAAAAAAGAAAAAAUAAAUCUUUUUUUG